AUGAGCACUACUGUCCGCGAUUUCGUAGACAACUGUGUCAUAUAUAGAACGUCAAAGCAAACUUCUGGAGCGACGCAAGUACAGUUGCAUCCCAUUACCAAACCAGUAAUUCCAUUCGAAGUUAUACACAUGGAUGUUACAGGGAAAUUAGGAACUCCAGAAGAACAAGACACUCUUGCGGCCCUGAAACAAGUAAUCCACCUAUUUGGAGCUCCCGGGCAAGUGAUUGUCGAUGGUGGCCGCGAGUUUCUAGGGGAAUACAAAAGCUACUGUGAUAUAUUUAAUAUAGAAAUACAUUCUAUUGCACCUGGUGUUAGUAGAGCUAACGGACAAGUAGAGCGGGUAAUGGCAACGCUAAAAAAUAGUCUUGUCAUGAUUAAAAACUACGAGACCUCAAACUGGCAUACAGCGCUUGAAAGUCUUCAGCUAGCUCUAAACUGCACUGUCUACAGAACCACAGGUGCAGCCCCACUGACGCUGCUGACUCGACGUCAACAUUGCGUUCCCCCGGUGCUACUGAGCUUGGUUAAUUUAGAUAAUGAAGUAAUUGACAUCGAAGCACUCGAUCGCCUUGUCCAACAAAGGAUGACACAAGUAUCUGCCAAAGAUAAAGCCAGGUUUGACAGGGGACGAGCUAAAAUUCACAGGUUUCAAAGAGGGGAUUUCGUUUUAAUAAAAAACUACCCCAGAAACCAGUCCUCUCUCGACCUUAAAUUUAGUGUUCCUUACGAAGUUCACAAGGUUCUAGACAAUGACCGCUACCUUGUAAAGAAGGUAGUGGGACACCAUGGCCGACCUCGCAAGGUCGCACACGACCAACUGCGGCGCGCCCCACAGCCUAGCGGUAGCGCCCAGGUGGCCGUGUCACCACCAGACGAUCAACAAGCCGGGCCGUCCAGCGCCGGACCUGCCUUACAAUCUGAAGAUGAACCCUAG